AUGUCUCGAGCAAAAGCCCACCACCCCAAGCGCGCCGUCGCGACAUUCGUCAAAGACGCAGUUUCUGAUAACACUCUCGAGAAGUUUGAGGACGCAUUCUCUGGCGCACGGGAGAGCUGGGAUACCUGGUACUUGCGCCCGACACGAUCGGCAGUUGAAGGCAACAAUGUGACCCAACUGGCGCGUCUUUGCAAGAAGGUCUUCUCUUCCGAAGGCGUACCAUAUAAUGCGGACCUCUUCUUCAUACUGGACGAGCGCACAGAGCGCGACCAUUCUGCCUGUCUUGUGCAUCACACAGUCGAUCCCGCCUCCGGCCAUGUUGAGGAGAAGCAGAUGCGCGUGAGUGCCGGCUUUGCGCCCCUACUGCUUUCAAACCUCGAAAUCGCGCAUCUGGUGAUCCCAGGCAUCACUGAUCAAGUCAGUGAAACUGCUUCGGAGGAUGACAGCUGGCUCGAAUCGACGCCGUCCAGCCCGCGCGUCGAGAGCGCCUUACAGCAACGUAUAGCAGCCAGCAAGUUCACGCGCCAAAAAGGGCCUGGGGAGGGCUUCUCAAUCCUCACUCUAACUGCAAAGGACGCAGGCGAAACGCGCGACAUCGAAUUCAUAUGGUUCGGCAAGCCGCCAGAGAGUAUCCUCAUGUUGAAAGGCAAGACUAUGGACGGAGCAGAGCACGUCGUGGGCGAAAUGGACCCAGAUGGAGAUGACGGCGUAUGGUAG